GUUGAUGCGGAAAAAGUCCAACGCGGAAGCCACAUCCUAAGUCCAUUUUUGUGGCAUGCAUUUGAACUUUGAUCACUUCUUACUACAUUAAUAGAGAGCUCAUAAGUCCAGGUGUUAGUAUUAUCAGAGAACACAGGUGUGUUGUGCUGCAGGUAUGUCGUCAAGUGCAGAAGCAGUGUUGCGGGCCGUGGAGACGCCGCUGUUCUGUCUCGGUGCUCUGACCGCGGCCUGGCUCUCCGUGUGCUUUGUGUGGCGGCUGCUGUGCGGGUUCAGGGUGUGGGUGCUGGGAAACGGACGGCUCGUGUCACCCACCACACUGGGAAAGUGGGCAGUUGUGACAGGAGCCACAGAUGGGAUUGGGAAAGCUUAUGCGGAGGAGCUUGCCCGCAGAGGCUUUGCCAUCGUACUGAUCAGCCGCUCUCAGGAGAAGCUGGAUGAUGUAUCCAAGGCGAUCACAAGCAAAUGUGGUGUGGAGACCAAAACGAUUGCAGCAGACUUUAGUGGCCUAGAUAUCUACUCUAAGAUUGAAGAUGGACUUGCAGGACUGGAGAUUGGAGUAUUGGUGAACAAUGUUGGAAUAUCCUAUUCAUACCCUGAAUUCUUCCUGAACGUCCCCAAUCUCAACACUUUCAUCGACACCAUGGUCAACGUUAACAUAACAUCUGUGUGCCAGAUGACGCGUCUUGUUUUACCUAAAAUGGUGGUGAGGAAGAAAGGGGCCAUCCUCAACAUCUCGUCUGCCAGUGGGAUGUACCCUGUUCCUCUCCUCACUGUCUACUCUGCCUCCAAGGCGUUCGUGGACUUCUUCUCCCGAGGACUGCAAGCUGAAUACAAGAGCAAAGGCAUCAUCAUCCAGAGUGUUCUGCCAUUUUUUGUUGCAACCAAGUUAAGUAAAAUCCGACGGGCUACGCUGGACAAGCCCAGUCCAGAGCGGUAUGUUUCAGCUGAACUCAACACUGUGGGGUUACAAACCCAGACCAACGGCUACCUGCCCCAUGCCAUUAUGCAGUUCUUUGGAUGUAUAAAACCUUUUAAAGCCCACCGGCUUGCCCACAUGAGCUACUUCCAAGGGCUGGGUGACUACAGCUCUGCUCCCUGCCAAGCUCCUCAACAGUUACAUGAUGGGGAUGGGUUUGUCCCAGCGUGCUCGUUACCUGAAGAAGCAGAAGCAGGGAUAGAUCAGCAGCGGCUGGGAGCGACCGCAACAGACAGGGGGGACCAGCUGUGUUAACAACUCGUCCAACUACCAUCAUCAUGGACAAAGAAGAGAAAAUGUGACAGUUUCUAGGCAACAUCUCACUUUCCCUCCCUCUGAUUCUCCCAGUCAAAGAUGAUGUGAGGCAGUAUCUGGCCACAGUUGCCACUACACAUAUUCAAUCCAAACAGCUGUGUGAAAAAUACUGAAGAAGAUGGUGCUGCUCAUUGAUUGAUCAGCUUUAAUGAAUGGAAUACUAACAUGAAAACUAAAAACUAUUCCUAAAAGUCUGCAAAACGCGUAUGUUUGAGUGUAUGCUUGAGCGUAUGCUUGAGCCUCCUGCAAGUAUGUGGAACAGCUCUGGAUGAUGUGGAAUAGCUUAAAGCUUUUUAGUAGAACACUGGAGGUGGUACUUACUGUUAACAAUCUCUAGAGCACUUAAACAAUGUGCUAUUAAGCUUUAAAGGCUGAAAUGUUUUUUUGUGAUAUUAAUAGCUUCCUUAAUUCCUCUUUUUUUGUGUCAGAUGUUUCAAAGCACUCAGCUUUACACCUUUCCUUCUUGAGCACCAACUCAAAAUCAUUAAAGAUCUACUGGGUUUUUUUUUAAUCUUAAUAUUUUCUAAACAGUAUUGAUUUGGUGGUGAAGGGACAGAAUGUAUAAUUUACCAAACUACAUUUCAUCUGUUAAAUGAAGAGGAGGCUCUGUAGACAAACAGCCAGCACAGAGAGAGAAGUUGUGAUAGAAUAUAAAAAUGUGUUUUGUUUACAUACUAAAUGGAUCAAAUCCACUCUUAUAACUGGUGUUACUGUUGGGCACAACUUUCUAUCUGAAAAUUCCAGAAAAUUCUCUCAAAAUGCAGUGUGUGACGUUAAUCUCAAUCUUUUCACUUGUGUUUUCUUAAACCCAACAAAAUGCACAGCAGAGACAAACUAAUAAAACAAUGUAAAAUCUGACACAUUUCUUUUGGGAAUCUUUGAGUUUGUAUGUUCAUGGAGAAUGUUAGUAGUAGUCUCAUAUAUAACUUGUCUUGGCUCAGAUAUCAGCUUUAAGUUAUACUGUGUUAAUCCUGAUGGAAGAUUUGUACUUGACAUUUCACUGAUGCUAACUGUUUAGUUGGUUUUCUCAAGGGUAAUUAUAUUGAUGUAUUUGUAAUACCUGGGAUCAAGGUGCAAAACUCACUUUUUUAUACACCAGCCAAAUGGCUAGUGAAUGUUCAAAACCUGCCAGCCACUCAAUAGAUUACCAUUGUUUUUUUUGGCUGGUGAGGGAAGCAACUCAAGCAGCCACAUAUUUUACCAGUAUUUGGCUAGUGGCUAGUGCUAAUUGUGUGCCCUGCCUGGGAUGCAUAGUGUUUGGGGAAAGCAGACCAAAAAAGCAGAACAGUUGUCCACCAUUAAGAUGUACUGACUAUUUAGAAAACUACAUUGCAUUUGUAAUUUCAGCCAUGAAUAAAUAUCAAUUCAAAUAGCUUCA